UCUAUGAUUGAUCAGCCAAUCCACUUUUAUUAACGUUAUGUUGCUAUGCAGAUUUAUCAACAAUAAUAAACGCAUUUUAAACGCAUUGUUAGAAAAGUUAACAUGUGGAAAAACGAAAACGCAACUGAGAUUUCAUUCACAAAGACGUUUAGAAGAGGCAUAUAAGUUAGUUAAAACUAAGUGUCAAUCAAAAAAACUACCCAAAGACGUCAACCCCAAAGCUGUAUUCGCCUGUAAUGAAUUGGAUUUGAAAGAGGUUAAAGUGUAUGGUUUUGAUUAUGACUACACAUUGGCUUGCUAUAAACCUUCUCUGGAUUACUUACUUUAUAACUUAGGUAGACAAACUCUUAUAGAACAAUAUAAAUAUCCUGAAGAAAUUACUAAAUUAGAGUACCAACCAGGAUUUGCAGUCAGGGGGCUACACUAUGACAUUGAAAAAGGUGUUCUAUUGAAAUUGGAUUCUUUUCUGCAAAUCCAGUUUGGAUCUGUUUAUAAAGGAUUAAGUCCGCUCUCCAAUGACGAAGUUCUUAAAUUGUACAAAAAUAGAAUUAUUCCUAUCGCAUAUGUAGAAAGCCAUACAAAGAAUGCCGCGUUAAUAUUACAGGAAUCACAUUCAAAGAUGGUGCAACUGGCUGACUUAUUCUCCGUACCUGAAAUGGGACUAAUUUGUAAUGUCGCUGAUUAUUUUGAGAGAAAUCAUAUCGACUACCACCCGGAAAUUUUAUUUAGAGACAUAAAGAGUUCAAUUCGAAAUUCUCAUCCUGUUAUGCACAAAAUUGUGGCCCAAAACCUUUCCGAGUACAUAGAGAGCAACGAUAAACUUCGACCAUUCUUUGACAGGCUAUUAAAAGCAAACAAAAAGUUAUUUUUGGUUACAAAUAGUCCUUAUGGUUUUGUAAAUAAGGGAAUGGAAUUUAUGGUAGGUCCUGAUUGGAAAGAUUAUUUCGAUGUAUUGAUUGUUCAAGCUCGUAAGCCACGAUUUUUCACUGAUGUCUCCCGGCCAAUUCGUGUAUUUGACGAACAAAGUGGAACUCAUAUAUGGGACAGAGUUACAAAGUUGGAAAAAGGUGUUAUUUACUAUGAAGGGACGGUGAAGCAGUUGCAAGAGUUAACGGGAUGGCGUGGUCAUCAAGUGCUAUAUUUCGGAGAUCAUCCUUAUAGUGAUUUAGCAGAUGUUACUUUAGAGCACGGAUGGAGAACUGGAGCCAUAAUAACCGAACUAACGCAUGAAAUUGCAACUUUGAACAACCCGGAAUUUAAAAAGAAUGCUAAUUGGCUGCAAAUGCUGACUCAGUUAAUUGAAGAUCAUCAAGAUUGUGAAGAUCCAGAUGAACAAAAAAUUUUAUCAAAAUGGAUGGCAGAACGUGACAGAUUAAGGAAUGAUAUUAAAUACGUUUUCAACAAGCAGUUUGGGAGUGUAUUUCGGACAUAUCACAACCCCACAUAUUUUUCAAGACGUUUGUUUAGGUUUGCAGACAUCUAUACAUCUAAUAUAACAAAUUUAUUACAUUAUUCAGUUAACCAUACAUUUUAUCCGAGAAGGGGUGUAAUGCCGCACGAAUAUAUAUCGUACUUUGUUUAACAAAGAAUAGUUUGUAGGCUAACUUAAAUUAAUUUUUGAUAAAGCUCAAUUUUCACAAUGCAAUUUCAUCACAGCUACUGAAUUAUGCAUAUAAAAUGACACAAGUUUAAAUGUACUUUGCAACUAAUAGCUUCAAUUUAACUACUAAUAACUAGAAAGUCUUAAUGUUUGCUCUUAUUAAGUUAUAUCAAAUUUUUAGAUUUUUUUUUUAACUGUGAUUAAAGAUGACUAUUUUGAAAUUUGAAUAUUAGUUCCUUGUGAUUUUAUUCAUAACAGUGCGGUGUAACAUAUAAACUAAGGUAUUGUAGUAUCAUGUACUUUAGUGGUUCUAAGGUAUUAAUUGUAUCGUGAAAAUUGAUCUUGAGAUUAGCUGUCAUGUGCAAGAAAAUAAUAUAUUUUACUAAACGAUAUGUAUGUUCAGUCGGACGUAUUAAAUUUUCUUGUAACUGAUAGGAUAGAUUUAGAUGUAUUAGCACUGAAAUAAGCUUAUUUAUCCUUAAAUAUUGUUUGUUUAAGGUUUAAUUAUACGUCACUGCUGAGAUUUUUAAGUCUGAUAUAUGCGAUAAUAUAAAUUUUCAUAGAAUUUUGUUAAUAAUUAUACAUUAUGUCGUCCUUUUGGAUAAGAAAAAAAUUAUUAGACACAAUUUUGCGAAGUAGAAUCAUAAUCUAUUCACAGCCAUUGUAAUAUACACAUUUAUUUAUAUAAUUUAGUUUUUAUUCAGUUUAGGUAAUAGUAUUUAAAUAAACAGAUUUUUUGCUCAAGCAAGUGCCUAAUUUUAAGGCUGUGCUGAAAAGACAUAUAAUUUGACAUAUUGUAGCGUAUACACAUGUAUGUGUGAAUGUUUGACUUUUUUCAAAAAAUCUAUUUAUUAUAUAGAAAUAUUUAUGAUUUCCAAAAUUAUGUACACUCAACCAACCUAUUUUCAAAUUAUUGAAUGUGUGUUGAUAUUAAUAUUAAUUGUAAACAGGUAAUUUUUUAAUUAAGAAAUAUAUCUUGGAAAUUAGUCGAAUUUAUUGUACGAGUAUCAUUUUUGUAUGUAAUUAAACAUUUUUUGAAAUCUUGUCGAUAUUUUUACAUUAUAUUUAUUAAUUUGCAUAAUUAGUGUACUUUAUACAUGUACAAAGGAU